AUGGUAUACAACUGGGAUGGCCACCAGGAUGAAUGCUAUCAGGUUUACGUUGUCCAGAAUAAAUCCAUGGACGAACUGAUGGACCACAUGCGGAUCCACCACAGCUUCACUCCAAGCAAAAGAGCCUUCCAACAACAGCUCCGCAAAUGGAACUUCCCUUCCAAACAGGUCGGCGCUCACCGCAAUGCACCCUUGGUCGACCGUGUGCGCGAGCUGUGGGGGGCCAACCACUCCCAGGCCGACAUGCUGCGCGUCCUUCAUGACGAGGGAUACGAUGUCAGCGCUAGACAGCUAUUGAGGGUACGCGCCCAUCAUCGGUUGCUGCUAAGAGCGCCCAAAACCGAGGAUGCAGUUGACGGCGUUGAUAUCCUCAGCUCCCAUGCUCGCAUUGGUGAUUCUUUUCCUCCAAACGACCUACAGGUAACCCCGGGUAUCCAAUUAAACUGUCAAUCAAGUGAUGCGCAAAAAGUAGCAUCAUCAUUGCCGUCGCCAACUCGCAAGCGUCGGCGCCAAGCCGAUGAAGAUUGCUCAGGGGUGGCCACUUUACGGUUUCCGUCAGAAAUGACCCUGGCCGAGAGCAAAGAGCUACUCAACCUUGAUACCGACACUUAUAAAUACGUUCGGACGUGUUUUCAGCAGAUCUGUGACAAAGCUGGCUUGGAGAGUAAAAGCUCAGCGGGCCAGCAGGCAUGGGACGAGGCAAAAGCUUUGCUCGUCCGGCAAGUUCCGUACCUACAGGGCGUCAUGUCCAUGGAGGUCGGCAGGGUACACCACCUGGCCCUGGACGUGAUAUGCACCGACGUUACAAAGCGCAUGCGCAGCCAUAAUGCUACCGCCGCUGCGGGUGCGGCCAGGAAGUUGACGCUUGCCGGUGUCAGAAACAUACUGGGUGUAAACCCCGAUGAGGCAAGGGAGAUGCGGGAGGCGCUGCAGAAUUUGCUGUUGGGGCGGGAUGGAAUUCCGUCAGUAGGUGACGAAGGAUGGGACGGAUUAAGGCGGCAGUGGCAGGAGACGUGUCCGGUGUUGAGACGUAUCUUGGAGGGCGUUGAGCAGCGAGAACCAAGGGUCAAGGCUGUUGAUAUUCUGGCUCGGGAUGUUUUCAAGCGAUACAAGGACCACCAUUCCAAAGUCCGAGAGAACCAGGCUGCUAUCGACUCGGAGCAGGAGCAGGAGCAGGAGCAACCGCGGCUACACUUGCACGCUCAGCCACCCCCGCCUCUGGCACCCUCAGACGGUGACGCUGUUGUCGACAACCAUGUCUGGGACAUGGGCAUUUACAAUGACAACGGACUGAUGGAUGAUAAUAUGGUCAGUAACAUGUCGCUUCAAGGCAUGCACGGUCUGGGAAUGUCUUCAUUACCAGGUAACGCACACAUACCACCGCUCGACGACUCGCUUCUCCUCGCCGCCAGCACUCAGAAUUUUUUGGACCAGCAAUAUAUGGAUCAAAUUUACACCCACCAAAAUCAGCAUCACAGCCCCAUCGCCAUUUAUCUGCAGCCACACCAUGCAUCGACGGUCAUGGUCGACUCGAGCCUGUGGAUCGCAACCCUGAUGUCUCCAACUCUAGACCACGUGAGAUCAGUGGCCGUGGACAAGUAUCCCGGCGCCGUCUGCUUAUUUGUUGAAGGGCUUGUAAAGGAUAACAGAAACGGACUGUCUGGCGUCCAUAGUCUGUCCCAGGUCCCACUACCCAUAGGGUCGGAUCAGGAACUGGCUGCGUAUCUACAACAUGUACAGGAGUUAGGUGUUGCGCCGACCUUUUCUGUGCAAUUACACUACUGCGUAGGUUGA